ACUUCAAUGUCAUAGGAAAAUCUCAAUUGCGAUUCAAAUAUCGUUUGUAGCAGUAACAACAGUAACAACAGUGACAACAUGCCAAGUUUCAAAGAUAAGGUGAUUAUCGUGACAGGUGCCAGCUCUGGCAUUGGAGCAGCCACAGCCGUGCACCUGGCUAGCUUGGGUGGCCUGCUCACAAUUGUGGGUCGGAAUGUGGACAAGUUGAAGGAAACGGCCGAUAACAUAAAGGCUGCAGGUGGAUCACCCGCACUCCAACUGCAAGCAGACAUGAACAAGGAGGAGGAUGUGGAACAGAUUGUUGCGGCUACGCUGAAGCAGUUUGGCAAGUUGGAUGUGCUGAUCAACAAUGCUGGAAUUAUGGAGUUGGGCAGCAUCGAGAGUAGCAGCUUGGAUCAGUACGAUCGUGUAAUGAACACGAAUGUGCGAUCGCUGUACCAACUGACUAUGUUGGCCACCCCGGAACUGGUCAAGUCCAAGGGCAACAUUGUGAAUGUGUCUAGCGUGUGCGGUCUGCGUUCCUUUCCGGGUGUGCUAGCCUACAAUGUGUCCAAGUCGGCUGUUGAUCAGUUAACACGUUGCGUGGCACUGGAGCUGGCUUCCAAAGGAGUUCGUGCUAAUUCCGUGAAUCCAGGUGUAAUUGUCACGGAACUGCAGAAACGUGGCGGUCUGGAUGAUGCUGCGUAUGCCAAGUUCCUGGAACAUUCCAAGGAGACGCAUGCACUGGGUCGCCCCGGGGAGGUGGGCGAGGUGGCUGCGGCGAUUGCAUUUCUGGCCAGCAACGACGCCAGCUUCACAACGGGAGUCAAUUUGGCAGUGGACGGAGGUCGUCAUGCAAUGUGCCCGCGCUAGGAAAGACUUCCAUUAUCAUUCACAGCAAUUACUUGUACAAACUACAAAUGUAAACAAAAUCACUAAAGAAACAAAUUAAUCCGCUUCAA